AUGGCCGGGGAGGUGUUGAAAGUGUCGGUGAAGUGGGGGAAGCAGUCGUACGAUGUCGAGAUCGACACGUCCCUGCCCGCCUCGGCGUUCAAGGCACAGCUCAUGUCCCUCACAGGCGUGCCGGUGGAGCGGCAGAAGGUGAUGGUGAAGGGCGGGAUGCUGAAGGACGACGCCGAGUGGGCGAAGACGGGGGUGAAGCAGGGCUCGCGGCUGAUGAUGAUGGGGACGGCGGACAAGGUGGUGGAGGCGCCGAAGGAGGAGAUGGUGUUUCUGGAGGACCUCCCCCCCGAGCAGGCGGCGCACAGCGCGGUGAAGAAGUACGGCAUGGGGCUGACGAACCUGGGCAACACGUGCUACAUGAACUCGUGCCUGCAGUGCCUGUACAGCGCCAAGGGUCUGCGCGCGGCGCUGGCGUCGUACGAGCCCGCGGGCGGCGGCCUGGACCACCAGCUCACGAGCCACCUCAAGGGCCUGUUCCGGCAGAUCGAGGGGGCGAGCGCGCCGGUGCAGCCGAUGGCCUUCCUGAGCACGCUGCGGCAGAGCUUCCCGCAGUUCGCGGAGAUGCAGCAGGGCAUGCCGAUGCAGCACGACGCCGAGGAGUGCUGGAGCGUGGUGGUCAACACGCUCACGGGGAAGCUCAAGGGCGACGCGGCGUCGAUCGACGCGCUCCUCGGCGUGGGCCUCAAGACGGAGCUCGUGAGCGAGGAGACGGGGGAGUCGAUCGUGACGGAGAAGCUCGAGCACAAGCUGAUCUGCAACAUCACCUCGGAGGUCAACCACCUGCACGAGGGCAUCCGCCUGGGCCUCAAGGACGACCGCCAGCAGACGUCCGCGAAGACCGGCGCGAUGACCACCUUCCGCGGCUCCUCGCGCAUCACGCGGCUCCCGCAGUACCUCACCGUGCAGGAGCUGCGCUUCUUCUUCAAGGCCGAGGCGCAGCAGAAGGCCAAGAUCCUGCGCAAGGUCGCGCUCUCCGUGUCGCUCGACCUGCACGAGUUCUGCACGCCCGAGCUCCAGGCCGAGCUCGCCGCGCCGCGCGACGCGUACAAGGCCGUGCUCGACGCGCGCGUGGCGCAGAAGAAGGGCGCGAAGGGCGACGAGGGCGCGAAGGGCGAGGGCGCGGGCGAGGGGCACGACGCGAAGCGGGCCAAGGGCGACGAGGGGGCCGCGGGGAGCGGGAUGGACGUGGACGGCGACAAGGGCGACAAGGGCGACAAGGGCGACGGCGCAGGGCCGUCGAAGAGCUGGGAGAGCCACGUGGGCAAGAUGACGGGGCGGUUCGACCUGACGGCGGUGCUGACGCACAAGGGGCGGAGCGCGGACUCGGGGCACUACGUUGCGUGGGUCAAGCAGGACGACGGCACGUGGGUCGAGUUCGACGACGACAACAUGAUCCUGCGCAAGGACGAGGACAUCGUCAACCUGUCGGGCGGGGGCGACUGGCACAUGGCCUACAUGCUGCUGUACACCGCGCAGACGGUGCCCGCGGAGUGA